AUGAACUUCGACGAAGAUGCAAUGGUCGUUGUAAUUCAAUCUCCAUGGAAAAUGUAUUUUGAUGGUCUUUUGCACAACGUGAUGGAGCCCAGUGCUGGUGUGGUGUUUGUUACUCGCGGGGAGAAGUUCUACCAUACUCUUUACUUUGACACAACGAAGGAAAAUAAGAAAGCCGAUGCUUUAGGCUCUAGCUUCAGCGCUUACUCUGUCAGAUCAAACACAAGUAACUAUCUCCGUCAAAAAUGGGUAGUCCCUCGAAGUCAAAUGAGGAUGAAGGCGAAAGAAGCGUUCAAUAAGACUUUGUGUAACUUGUUGAAGAAGGUUGUCUCCAAGUCCAAACGAGAUUGGCAUGAACGAAUGGAAGAAGCUUUGUGGGCAUAUAGGACGACUUACCGCACACCAACGCAAGCAACCCCAUAUUCGCUUGCUUAUGGAGUUGAAGCAGUCCUACCACUUGAGCGCCAAAUACCUUCUUUACGACUUGCUAUUCAAGAAGGGCUGACCGAAGAGGAAAAUGCUCGAUUGCGUCUUGCAGAGUUAGAAGCACUUGAUGAGAAAAGGCUGGAGGCUCAACAAAAUCUUGAAUGUUAUCAAGCCCGUCUAUCUCGUGCCUUCAACAAAAAGGUUCGCUUGAGGUCCUUCCAAGUGGGAGAUCAAGUCCUUGCAAUAAGAAGACCCAUCAUCGUUUCCCAUAAGUACGGGGGCAAAUUCACCUCAAAAUGGGAUGGACCAUAUGUCGUGCAAAAGCAUAUUCAAGUGGCGCUUACAAGCUUGUUGAUGCGGAUGGCCUGA